ACGUAAUUAAAGCUGUUGACGUCACAAGACACUCUAGGUUAACACGACAGCUGGUUCCACCUACCACCUUACUCUCUUUCACCUGCUCUUCCCAGGUUGCAUGCAAAAAAGUUGUUCAUGACUUUCGGUACGACCUACCUACUGAAUGCAUAGUGGCCCAUUUGCAGUUGCUUACAGCUUUUCCAACCACUUUAGACCUCUUUUUUUUUCUCUCAUCCUUACCUUAUGUCUAGUAAGUCUGCAUAUAGGUAUUAUAAUGUGCAGUCAGAAAUUUCCCAUGCUUACUAAUAGUUCAGUUUUUUAAUCCAUAACUGACAAGUCUUUUUGAAACUAAACUGGUUCUGGGCUUUCACUGAAAAUUUCACAUUAUUCCCUUAAAUAAGAGAGAUGUCGUUGAUUCACCACAAAAGUCCCGCUUUGGUGUACAUCCUAAAUCCAGUCUGGUUCUCAUUCUUCCAGCGUACUUCUCUAAGAUGUGUUUCUUUCAGAACAGGAAUUUUAAUAAAAUACUUUAAGUAUACACCUAUUUCAAGCAAACAUAUUAGUAUUGUGUUGCUAAAUAUGUCAUCAUUUCAGCUGAAGGUGUUUAUAUAGGAUGAAGUGAAAUCAUAGUGUGAUUCCUUGUUAAAAAGGAUGGGGCAGAAAUUUUAUACAACAUAUGUACGGAGACGCCCAGUUUUUGAGUUGCACAGCGUCAUAGAACGGGAUAACAAUUCGGGGCAGUGUAAUUUGUCACGACGAUGCAUAGCGAAGUGUUAAGUGUAAUCAAGGCGCACUCUACAUAACGGUCGGUUGUGAUGGAAUGGCCAUGGAACACACGCAUGACGAGUAUUGCGAAAUGAUUUUAACCCCUGGUACCUGUUACAGCCAAGCUGGUACUGUUGCAGGGGAAUAUGCUCUACGUGCUCUACGUUAUCCCGCUAGACGUCACCUGGACGAGAAUGUGUUUUGACGACUGGAACAGCAUCACCGUAAGGCAGAGAAGUGUAACACUGCGACAUGCAUAAGUGCAGAUCACUCACGAACUGUAAGGAUGCCAGCCAAUGAACAUACCAUAAUUGCAUCUGUGGAACGAGAGCCAUGGAGAAGCUUACGCUCUAUCACAUAAAAAAAACGGGACCAUCCCAACCAACGGGAUUCGAAGUACCUCAUGACGCUCAUGAUGAUUAGUUAACAUCCGUACCACUACUCACGGUUCGUGUUUCCAGACGACCGUCCUUUACGGACGAAUUUUUUUGAAUGGCUACAUCAACACACUGUGGAUGAGCGGUUUUUGCAUAACAUUCUGUGGAUAGAUGAAGAAUGUUUUACAAGUUAGGGUGUAUUUAAUGUCCACAAGAGUUAUCUCAUGGCAUGGGGUAAUACUCAUGCUAUCCGCGAACGUGAUUGUGAAGUCGCUUCAGUGUCAUUGGACUGAAAUUGUCAUGGGCUUUAUUCUGCUGUCCGACAGGCUGACUGCUCAACGAAAUAAUGAUUUUCUGGAAGCUGUUUUGCCUUGGCUGCUUGAUGAUGCACCCGUAGCCCCCGUAUAUUUGGGGAAAUGUUGCGGUUCCAGCACGACGGAUAGGCGGAAGGUCGGGUGGACGUCGAGGACCAGUCGGUUGCCAUGUCUAACUCAGAUGUGUUCCUGUGGGGACACCUGAAGGCGCACGUUUAUACAGCCCCGCCGAGGACCAUCGAAGACCUCGUGGCGGAACCUAAGCAGCUGUGGCCGCGAUGACGACGGUCGAUGCGAACGGAUGCGAACAUGUUUGAGACGAGACCAUUCGAUACAAUGACGUGUGGCGCACUGCCGUCUUCCGUGAUAUGAGCGGAGGCCGCUUCGAACACCCAUUGUAACAGCGGUAACAGCGAUGCGCCCAUGGUUAGAUCACUUAAUAGGUUGUGCUAUUUGACAGUGACAUGUAGCUUGAAAAUUAAAUGUCACAGGACAUGUGUUGUACAGUAUUUUCGACUUUCUUUUUAACGGGGAAUCAUACUAUGGAAAAUUUGUGCGAGAAUUUAUUUCAUGUGGUGUGUACGUCGGCACUUUCAUGUAAAGAUUUCAUGUAAUAGCACGGGCAAGGAUGUGGUUUGUUUAAUUUCGAAAUACUGUGUAUUAUUGACGGCGAAAAAAAUGCAUAUUCAAUUAUGGUUUAUAAUAAUAUUUAUAUUAGUCGAAAUGAGUAACUGUUUGAUGAGUAUUAUGAGAUUGCUCUGCUUAUAUAAAUGUUUUUAUUGUUUCAGUUUUUGUUUCUACACAGAAUAAUAUGUUUUAGAAUAUCCAUAGCGUGUAAUGAUUCUGUAUUGAAACAAUUACAGUUUGAUUCAGAUUCUUUGGAUUAUGACAAAGUAAACUGGACUUUGGAUGUCUUAUUCAUAUCCUUUCUGACAUAAUCACUAAAUAAUUAACACAGAUAGCUCUUGACAUGGGAACUAUUAUCAGCUCAAGUGGGUUGAGAGUUCAUAAUUUAUGUAUGGGUUUAUUUAUUGUUUACUACAGAGUAGCCUUUGAGAAACUAAUGUUGAUAACUGGAACUUACAAAAAUACUGAUUAGAGUUUUGAUGUUGAAACUGCUGCAGUAUAUCUAAUAUGGUGCUCAUGUCUGUGGUAUUUCAGAGAAUAUCCUUCUUGGUUAGCAUAGGAUGUAUAUUUGCAAGACUGCUCAGAUGUAUACAAGUAACCUUAGUGUAGUCGGGCACAUUCAGUGUAAGAAACGUGCAUCAUUACAGAAGCCAUGUUGAAAUUUUCUAGCUUAAGAAUUUUUAGUAGAUUUACAAGAUAUAGGCUUUUGAUAAAUUUGAGAAGAAGCCAUAGCAGAAUUGGUGUCCUUGGGGUUCCAUUUGAUAAGGGACAGUUGAAGGGAGGUGUAGGAUCUGGACCAGAAGCCUUUAGAAAACUUGGAUUGAUAGAAGAGUUACAACAUCUUGGUUGUGACGUGAAGGAUUUUGGAGAUGUUGUGUAUGAGCAAAUAGAUGGAUUAAUGGUUGAAAACAUGACAGCACUUGGACAUAUUGCAGCAUGUCAAAAGGAGGUAUCAGACAGUGUAAUCCAUAUAUUAAAUGAAGGACGUAUGUGCCUGACCAUUGGUGGUGAUCAUUCAUGUGGCAUUGGAACUAUUGAUGGUCAUGUGAAAGUAAAAGGUAAUAUUGCUUUACUUUGGGUGGAUGCUCAUGCCGAUCUCAACACCAAUGCCACAUCUUCUACUGGAAAUAUCCAUGGCAUGCCUGUAGCUUUACUGGCAAAGGAGUUGUCAGAUUACUGGCCAUAUCUACCAGGCAUGGAUUGGCAACAACCAAGGCUGUCUAUACGAAACAUUGCAUACAUUGGUUUAAGAGACAUUGAUUCAUAUGAAAGACUUGUCAUCGAUAAAUUUUCAAUAACUGCUUUUGGAAUGGAAGAUGUUGAAAGAUAUGGCAUAAUUGAAGUGACAAAUAUGGCUUUGAGGAGAAUUGAUCCAAAUAAUAACUUACCACUCCAUGUGAGUUUUGAUAUUGACAGUCUGGAUGCCUUAGAGGCCCCAAGUACAGGGACUCCAGUACGUGGAGGCUUAACACUACGAGAAGGUAUUCAGAUAAUGGAGGAAUCAUACAGAACACAACGAUUGUCAGCAGUAGACUUGGUGGAAGUUAAUCCAAGGCUGGGUUCUCCAUCUGAUGUGAGGAUAACACUUGAGGCAGCAAAACACAUUAUCAGGGCAGCUUCAGGAUAUAGCAGACGAGGACAUUCACCUGAAAACGUCUGUGAUCUUCCUCAACAAACAUUUCCUUCUGUUUCAACAUCAGCACAUAAUAGAGCACAUCUCCCCUUAGCUGCUCCAAAGUUAUGGGAAAUAGAACUGAUAUAUAUACAGGAAUUAAGGAAGCAUGAAAUUAUUGACACGUUGGAUUUUCAGAUUGAGGAAAUUACCAAAACCUGGAAGCAUAUUAGAGGUAAAGGUAGUACCUAAAUUUCAGCAAAAGAGAGCUUAUAGCUGGAGUGUUAGAGAUCCAUUUCAUGUGGACUUUUGCAGUUUUUAUUUUUCUCAGAGGUGAAUAUUUUGCAAGAAACACCAAAAAAUAUUUGUAAUGUUGGUCUCAAAAUUAAUUAAAAAGAAAAGCACAUUGAAUGUAUUUAAUAUAAGUGUAGUACUUAUACAGAGGUUCAUCAAAAUUUACCAAAGGACUCUUAAUUUUUCAAGUCCAUUUAAAGGUAAAAUAGCAACACUCUCUCUGUAAGAGGCCCAUAUGGUAGACAGCUCACAGAUGAGUGAGGUUGUAGCCUUAUGCACAAGCUAUCCUGUACCCCCAGGAAGAUUCCUGGUACUCAUUUCUG